GAACGAAGCAGAUGGGUUUUAACCUAGGUUUGACAAAAUUCUUUUUCAGUUAUUAUACCGUGAUAUAUAAACUUGGGUACUAUUUGACUGAUUUAUUGGUACAGGAUAGGUCUUCAGGAUGAAUACUGCUUUAAUAUUGUUAGCGUGUGUGACCGCAGUGUUUUGUGAAGAGGAGAGUCGACAUUCAGUAUUUUACAAUUAUUACAGACCACCGCCACCAGUACGUCGACCGACGUAUUAUCACUAUACACCAACGUAUUACCAAAGACCAACAACGAGGAAUUUAUAUCUAAGUGAAAAUUGCUGUUCUCUUAGCGAGUCACAGGCUGCAGGAUGUCAAACACAAAUGACAUGGUUUGGAGUAAACGUAUGUAGAUGCUGCGUCAAAGACAUCUCCUCUUAUAAUGCACUGCAAACAGCAUGUAAUGCGGCCUUAUCAGCUGCUACUGCAACCUCUGCCACUACACCAGCACCAGCAGCAGCAACAACAGCAGCUACGACAGCAACAACAGCAGCUACGACAACAACAACCACAGCUGCAACCACCACAACAACAACAACAGCUGCACCCACAACUACGGCUCCAACCAAAUUUUGUCCAAACAGCGGAUGCAGCCGAAAACGAAGAUCCGAAUAUGGAUUUUUCAAAUCUUUGAGAAUUGAAGGUGGAACCCCAGUAUCAUCAACAUGUGAUUACCCUGGUGUAGUUGGUUUGGAAGCAACAGCUCCUACUGGUGAUGUCAUAACAGUCUGUACUGGAGUUCUGACCAGCGCUACCACCAUUCAAAUACCCAGCAACUGUGCUGAAACUUUAGCUUUACCAUUGGCUGAAAACGACGUAGCCGUUGUUGAUGGAAAGAAAAUACCAAUCUCCACUGUUUCAUCUGAUAAACCACUAGCAACUGUUACACUAUCAACACCAGUAGAUAUUAAUGCUGCACCAAGUCAAGGCUGUAUUUAUGAUACAUCCAUGGGAGCUUAUGAUAAGAGUACUUGUGAAAUUGUCGGGUAUGGAGUUGAUGCCUCAAACGCUAAACAAACUGUUCCCCAAACGGCCAAGGUAACAUUCGAUGCUUUAGCAUGUAAGAAUAUAGACACAACAUUAACAAUCCCGGAAGCUACCUAUGGAUGCGCUACUCUGGAUAACGCGGCUGCAUGUGCUGGAGAUGGUGGUGCUUUGAUUACUUGUGAUUUGGUAACUACCGGAGAAAAAGUUGUUGUUGGUCAAGCCGAGACAUUUGAUUGUAACACUGGUACACCAGCUGUCUACUUCCAAAACUUUGAUGCAUAAUUAAGUAGUAAAAGUAUUGGCAAGCAUACAUUUGUCCUUUAGACCUCAUUAUAUUUUGUCAUACGAACUGUGAUCUGAUUUUGAAAGAAAGAAACAGGCAUUUUUA